AUGGUGCUCGACCAAAUCUUCCACAUUUUGCUUCUUACAGCUUGUAAAGCUGUAUUUUGUACAUCCUCAGAUGUUUUAUCAACAUUAAAUGAAACAGAUGCUACAUCGGUACGAAUGCAAAGUGACAUGUCACUUCAAUUGAAAGACAAUCAUUCAUUUCAAUUAACUCCCGAAUCUCGGCCGUUAAUUACUCGUGUAUCAAGUGAUCAUCAACAGUAG